AUCUUGUCUUACUUAGCAUUUAGAAACGUAUGACUUGAGAAAUAAAAUAUAAUCAGAAGAAAUAAAGAAUAAUCAGUGCUUAAUUAUUUCUUGAAUGACAUGGCAAACAAUGAAGAAUUGAAUAAAGUUUUGCUUAAUAUAUCACGAAUAAAAUGCCCACCUUUACAAGAUUAUCAACUACUUCAAUUACAUAUACAUAAAGCACGCCAAGAUGUCGUGAAUCUUAAAAAAAGAUUGUGUCAUGCUAGAAAAGACUUGGAAGAAGAGAAACGUAAACGACGAAUAAUGGAAAAUCAUAAAAACUCAUUGGAAUAUCAAAUUCACAUAGUUAGAGAAGUGUUGUUCCAUGAUAAAAGAAUAAACUUAUGUGACGAAAUAAAGGAAAAAUUAAAAUUUCUUAACAGAUCAACAGCUGAAGUCAGACGUAAUAAUUUAUAUGUCCAAAGCAAAAAGAAUGAUAAGCAUUUGUCUACAAUAGCAGAAACAGAUUCUACAGGUUCAAUCCUAAGUGACUUAAAUUGUUUAUCAAAAUCAGAAGAUGAUUUGGAAACUGAGGCUAUUAUGAGAGCUCAUAAGUAUAAAGAAUGGAAAAAGUAUGAACCUAUUAACGAAUAUUCUGCAACAAAUAAACAGUGCAGUACAUUAGAUAAAGUUGCAGAAUUUAACUUGUCAAAUAGAGUAACAUCUACAAUAGCUAAAUCAAACAUUGACAAAUGUUCAAUACUUUGUGAAAAUAAGUUUACACUCAAUAAAGAAAAUAGUAAUUCUAAUCUGAUAAAUACAGAAGUAGCUAAAAAUCAUAACUUUAUAUCAAAAAUAGUUAUUAGACCGAGUCUAUGUGUUGUGUGUGAUAAAAGAAUAAAAUUUGGAAAAACAGGAUUAAGAUGUAAACUCUGUAAAAUGUCUCUGCAUAUAGAAUGUAAGAUUCAAACUAUUCCACUUUGUGUUCCUGAAAGUGAAUAUUACGGAAUGAAUCUACAUACGGUGACACAACUAGUACCAACCAUGGGGAAUAUGUUUGCAACGUUAUUCAAAGGCCUGUUUGGCAAAAAAGAAAUGAGGAUUUUGAUGGUGGGUCUCGAUGCAGCGGGUAAAACCACAAUUCUGUACAAAUUAAAAUUAGGGGAAAUUGUUACUACAAUUCCUACUAUAGGUUUCAAUGUAGAAACGGUUGAGUAUAAGAAUAUAAGUUUCACUGUAUGGGAUGUGGGUGGCCAAGACAAAAUAAGACCUUUAUGGCGGCAUUAUUUUCAGAAUACACAAGGGUUGAUAUUCGUCGUUGAUAGUAAUGAUAGGGAACGUAUCGGUGAAGCACGUGAAGAAUUGAUGAGAAUGCUAGCAGAAGAUGAACUCAGAGAUGCAGUACUUCUCAUAUUUGCUAACAAACAAGAUCUGCCAAAUGCAAUGAACGCAGCAGAGAUUACCGACAAGUUGGGAUUACAUUCUCUACGUAAUCGCAAUUGGUACAUCCAAGCAACGUGUGCCACAAGUGGUGACGGACUUUACGAGGGCCUCGAUUGGCUUUCCAAUCAGCUGAAAAAUGCCAACCGCUAAUUGGAAAAUUAUUCUGUCAACAUUCAGUUGCUAUAUUAACAUCAUACAAAAACAGCUGCACACCUGUCCCCCCCUAUGAAAUGAAUAACAUUAUAAAAAAUAAUGCAAACUGCAAGGUCUUUUUGAGAUCUUGAAGGCAAGAUAUAGGAUUAUUAUUGAGAAUUGUCUCCGUGUCAGCAAGUUUUUUGGGGGGGAAAGGAGUGGGGAAGCGGCCGCAGGCACACGAUCGAACGGCCACACCGGACUAUUGCCUUGCGCAACUUAUUAUUAUAAUUAUUAUUAUAUUAGCAUUAUAGUUACACUUUUUACACAGAGAUGCCACAAGAAUGUGGAAAACUUGGAAAUAAUUAUAUUAAAGUACCUAACUCUGAAACAUACGAUACACAUUGAUUAAUGAAUAAUUUAAACGAUACCUUCUCGGUGAGGAAAUUUAAGAACACGGGAAAAAAAAAAGAGUAAGUACCCACAGUGUUGUCAGUUUUGAAUGCGUUGGACAUACUGAUUAUCAUAAUGUAGCUGCAUAUUGUACAUUACAUUAUAUAAAUACGAUAAAAUGUGAUCAAUAGACGAGAGAAUGUUGCUCUGUCCACUACAUUUACAAAAAAAAAAAAAAAAGAAAUCGCUCUUCAGCCCAGCGCGGUUGACACGAAAAACGCAGAAAGUGAUUGCAGCAGCCGGUGCAAUGACUUACUACUAAUUCCUAGUUACAAAAGUUUCUUUUUAUUUUUUUAAGUUUCUCGGCGAUAGAAAACUUGGGAAAACAGAAGCUAUAUACGGAUGGUUAUCUCGCUAGUUGGUAGCGGCAGGUGUGCAUCCUUCCUCCUUUUCACCUGCCCGCCUUCAAAACUUAUAGUUAUCCAACCAUGUAUAUCUCACUAUAAAGGAGAUAUCAUUUAUUUAUUGCACCUCGAUAAGGUAAAUUAGAAUAUAUCCUCGACAUUCCGAAAUUGUGCAGUGAACGUGACGGAAAAUUCACAGAGACUCGAAAGAAAUUUAGAGAGACUUGAACAUUCGAAUCGUCAGCGAAAAGAGUCAGGCCUCGCAAUUAUUAAAUCAAGCACUUUCGAUCUCGUGGCGUAUUUACACGCCUACGAUUUCGACGCUAAUUCGCGGUCAUUCUUCGAUGUCCUAACGUUUUUUCUGUCUUUGAGAUACAUUGUUUUUACGAGAUGCUCCUUCCCCUAAUUUCAUUGGAUCGCCUUUUCGUCAUAUGCGAAAAUUCAUAUAAUUAUGUAUGAAUGUUUAAACAAUUUGUGAAAUAUAUUGUAAUUGUGCUUUA